AUGCUCAGCACCAUGAGCCCCCGGCUGUCACUGCUUCUUCUGAGGCUGCUGCUGCUCAUCAAUGCAGCGCACCCUGUUGGGGCUCUGCCCCGAUUGUGUGAUGUGCGGCGUGUGCUGCUUGAAGAACGGGCCCAGUGCCUGCAGGAACUCUCCAGAGAGAAGGGAGCUCCGGGCCCAGAGACAGCAUCAGCCAGCGUGUUCUCACCGUCUGCUUCUCCACACACGGUUCAUCAAGGUUGUGAGGGGCUUUGGGACAACAUGAGCUGCUGGCCCGCCUCUGCACUGGCACAGACAGUGGAAGUGAAAUGUCCAAAGUUCCUGCAGAUGCUCACUGGCAGAAACGUGCUGGUAAAGGGACCUGCCAACAGUCGUCGGAACACGGAGGUGGAUGGCACCAGUUCUGCCUCAAGCCACUGCCCCUGGGAUGCAGAAGAGCCAGCUGCAGCAAGGUGGGGAGGUAGGACUGACCUGUGCCUCUCUCUGCAGCACGCAUACCUGCUGAAGCUCAAGGUCAUGUACACUGUAGGCUACAGUUCCUCCUUGGCCAUGCUCCUGGUCGCCCUCAGCAUCCUGUGCUCUUUCCGGAGGCUGCACUGCACUCGCAACUACAUCCACAUGCACCUGUUCGUGUCCUUCAUCCUUCGCGCCCUGUCCAACUUCAUCAAGGACGCCGUACUCUUCCCCUCAGAUGACGUCACCUACUGUGAUGCCCACAGGGCGGGCUGCAAGCUGGUCAUGAUCUUCUUCCAGUACUGCAUCAUGGCCAAUUACGCGUGGCUGCUGGUGGAGGGCCUCUACCUUCACACGCUCCUGGCCAUUUCCUUCUUCUCAGAAAGGAAGUGCCUGCAGGCGUUUGUGCUCUUCGGAUGGGGUUCUCCAGCCAUUUUUGUUGCUGUGUGGGCUGUCACCAGGCACUUUCUGGAGGACACUGGAUGCUGGGACAUCAACUCCAACGCUUCCAUCUGGUGGGUCAUUCGAGGGCCCGUGAUUCUGUCCAUCCUGAUCAAUUUCAUCUUUUUCAUAAACAUUCUAAGAAUCCUGAUGAGAAAACUUAGAACUCAAGAAACAAGAGGAAAUGAAACAAACCAUUAUAAGCGCCUGGCCAAGUCCACCCUCCUGCUGAUCCCCCUCUUUGGCAUCCACUACAUUGUCUUCGCCUUCUCCCCAGAGGGUGCCAUGGAGGUCCAGCUGUUCUUUGAAUUGGCCCUGGGCUCCUUCCAGGGGAUGGUGGUAGCUGUCCUUUACUGCUUCCUCAAUGGUGAGGUGCAGCUGGAAGUUCAGAAAAAAUGGCGCCAGUGGCACCUCCAAGAGUUCCCGCUGCGCCCUGUGGCCCUCAGCAACUCCUUCAGCAACGCCACCAACGGUCCCACCCACAGCACCAAGGCUGGCACCUCUGAGCAGAGCCGGAGCAUCCCCGGGGCCAGUGUCAUCUGA